AUGCAGUCCCCUUUACCACGACCUAAACGCCGGAGGGUUAUUUCUGCCUGCAGUUCAUGCCGCCAACGGAAAUCCCGAUGCAGCGGUGAUAAUCCUUGCACUCUAUGCAAGGAACUCCGAAUCGAGUGCCUCUAUUCCGAGGAUGGGUCUCCGAAAAAUCUUACAGUGGGCAAGAGGUACAUCGUUCAGUUGGAAAAAAGACUACGAGAAGUUGAGAGAACAGUCCAACAGCUUCAGCAAGCACAUCCGCAAGGCCCAGUAAUUACUGCAGAUCUACAAUUGCCAGCCGAAGUUGUAGCUCCGGAGCAACACCGCGAAAAUACCUGCAGACCGAGAAGCUACAGUGUAUCUGUACUGGGAGAGGUCGACAACUCAGAGAAUUCUAUAGAUGGGAUGGGUGCGAUGAGAUUUACCGACGAGGAAGAGUGCGGCUUUUUCGGUUCUUCAUCCAACAUCGCCUUCAUGGGAUACAUAUCUCGAGCGAUGGCAAUGGCGAAUUCCGACCGCGAAUCAUUUUUGGAAAUAUCACCCACAAUACAAAGGCCUGGUGGCGUCGUGAGCGUGACCCGCUCUCGAGCUCCAUCAAUUGAAGAAGCGGCCAUGUCAGGCCUGUCUCCUGCCCCGACACUCGUGAACAUAUAUGCUUUACCUCCAGAAGAUCGGGCCUGGAACUUGAUUGACCAGUAUUUCCAGAAGACAGGUCAGCUACUACCUUUUAUCCAUGAACUCUCUUUCCGUGAGACAUAUAGUCAGAUGCGGCGCGAAAGAUUCAACAAAAUCAGCCGGACUUGGCUCGGGCUAUUUAACAUAGUGCUCGCAAUAUCUGCGAGCCUGUCAGCCAAAGAUGAGAUUUCUCCAGAGGAACGCAUUAAAGAGUCUGAUGUUUAUUAUCAAAGAGCCAACGGUCUUUGCGACAGAGACUCCAAACGUAGUGCAAGCCUUGAGAUGGUGCAAUAUCUUUUGAUACUAGGGCAGUAUCUGCAAGGGACCCAAAAGUCAGUUCAAGCGUGGACCACCCAUGGACUAGCUAUAUCUGCGGCGUAUCAGCUAGGUUUACAUUCGCCCGAUGCAAAUCAAGGAUAUUCUCCACUGGAAUGCGAAAUUCGGAAACGAACCUGGUUUGGUUGUGUGCUCUUGGAUCGAAGUCUCGCUAUGACUUUCGGCCGCCCAUGUUCAAUUCCUGAGUCAUACAUAAAAUUAGAUGCGCCUUCGAAGGAUAUCCACAUGUUAAACUCCGGCGAUGAAAAAGCUUCUUCUCCCCAAUUUGACGGUAAUUUUUAUGCUGCUGCAAUACAAUUAUAUGCCAUAUUGUACAAAGUGUUGGACCUAUGUUAUGGACAGAAUCUUGGUCUUAAAAGCUCAAUCAGCACCUCAGGCUGGAUAUCGCAUAUUAUCGAUGGGCAGCACCAGCUCAGACUUGAUGACCCUGAAGAUGUGACGAAAAUGAAUACCCGAUUUUUCAUCGUUCAUCGUUUUAAUAUCGUCCUCUCUAUGCGCUACCAUAAUCUACGGAUCCUGCUACAUCGACCUCGACUGGAGAGCUUCCUGGAAGCCUUUUGGAGUACUGGCGAUAUGUGUGACCAGGAUAAACGUAUCAUUAUGCAGAUGGAUAUCGCAAGCGUGCAGAAUUGCGUUGAAUCAGCUGUUUCCAUCAUCUCCAUAGCCCACAGCAUUACGACAGCAUCUUUUUCACAUCGCGAGCUUUUGGGCGCGUGGAAUUAUUCACUAUAUUACACAUUCAAUGCUGCAUUGGUAAUUUUCGGCUCCCUCGUGGCUGCUUCCAGAGAGCGCGAAGCCAAUCCGUCAGCGUGGAGUGUGGUCGAUGAGUCUCGUCCCUAUCUUGACAAGGCAAUCGAAGCUUUGCACCGACUUGAUUAUGGAAAUCGUGUGGUAGGACGAUGUAUUGAAUACCUUUCACAGCUUUCCCUGGUGCUCAAUGCUCUGAGUAUGUCAAACCCCCUCAGUUUCUAA